AUGGCACGCCAACGAGCUGCCCGUUUGUGGGCAUGUCUUGCCCUAGUGGCCUCGCUUUGCGGAAACGCAUUGGCCGUAGGCCCGUCCCAUGAUGUUGCCUACUGCGCCACCGUCAACACGGCUGACCCUGGCAUGGACGCAGAUGAGAACAUUGCAGAUGAGAGCGACUUCCAGUCCAUGGGUCGGUGCUACAACACCUGUUCUAGUGCCGAGGAGAAGUACGCCUUUGCUGUGGUCUGGCAAAAAAGCUGUUGGUGCACCAACGUUGUGCCGAACUCAGCCAACACCGUAUCGUCCAAACAAUGCUCAAAUCCUUGUCCCGGAUAUCCUUCAGAUUGGUGUGGAGGCGAUUCCCUCUACGGAUAUCUCAAGAUCACGGGCAUUAAGCCGUCCAGCACGGCGGCGCCGGCGUCGUCAACGUCGACCGGCACCACCACCACCCAGCAAGCCACCAAGACGACCACAUCCUCAACGAAGCCCACGACUCAACCCACGACUACAGCUGUGGUGAUCAUCAAGACUGAGACUGAGCAGACUGCUGCCAUCAAAACUGUCCAGAGCACUGUUCGAGAAACAGUGACUGUGACUCCCUCGCUGAAGUCUUCGGUGGCUUCCUCAGCUGUGGUUUCUUAUCCCACCACCCUUGGUACUUCUGCGACACAUACUACCGAUGAUCCCGUUACAACAGAUCCGAUGCAGCCAAGCACCCAAACCGUUACCGUUGGCGGAAAAAUACAAACCGUGAUCAUCACACCAACCCCAACAGCCACCAGCGCAGGUCAGCUCGCCGAACCGGAAGCCAAUGGAAAGAAGAAGGCAAUCGGCACGGGUGCAGCAGUCGGAAUCGCCAUCGGCGUCGUCGCUGUUCUGGGAAUUAUUGGCGUAUUGCUCUGGAUCUGGUUCAUGAAGCGCAGGAAACAGAACGACGAGAGCGGUUCUUCAUUCGGAUCGCCACGCGGAAGCUCUUCGGGAUCAAAGGGCGCCACAGUCACCGAAACUCGCUUCGCACCCGAGCUGGUAGCAUGGGGGGAUGGACCGGCCUCCAAGAGGAGGAGCACGCUGAUGCCAGUCGACCCACGCUUGAAUCCAUACGGCAGCGCUCUAUACAACGGCCAAAACAAGAGCCGCGAGAGUAUUGCAUCAUUUCAGGACAACCAGGACUACUCAAGACGAGUUGUCGGUCAGCCGCGGGUACUGAGAGCCGUAAACCCAGAUCCAAUCGCCGAGGAUUGAGGAUUAAGCGGACGGUUUCGAUAAUUACUCACGACGCACACGAACGUUUCCUCGCGACUACAUCAUUAUCCCUCUCAUCCUCAUCCCAUCACUUUCAUCAACUGUCU